CCAGUAUGGACCUGUAUGGACUGUUUUAUAUUGCCAGCACAGACCAGAGGCCCAUGAUGGCUUUUUUUGCCUCCAAAAGUGUGGGCCACCAACUUCCUGACAUGGCUAAGGCUAAGGCAGGGAAAGUGGAUGCCUCCCAGGCAGUGGCAUCCGGGCCCAUUGGCGGGAUUCACUCCCCCAUCUGCUGAGAGGCCAUGCCCAUCCCUCAGUAGCCCCUCCCUUGGCCCUGCAGCCAGGCAGUCCUGUGGACAACCUCCGGCUAACUCCCCAGAGUGUCGCAGGUACAAUUUACCGUGUGGAAUACACCAUCCAGGAGACCACCUGCCCCCACAGCACAGAAGCAGUGACGGCUGAGAACUGCCCCCCUAUGGACUGCGAGUUUGCUCACAAGGGCUUCUGUAAGGCAUCCCUCUUCCAGCCUCUUUUUGAUGAGGGGCAAAUUAAUGUCGACUGUGAGAUCUAUGAGCCUGAGGCUGCUCAGAGACAGAUGAAGCUCCACCUGCUGGGCGGAGAGACUGACCACAGCCACAAUGACACACACUCACACAGCCACGACCACACCAAGAGCCACUCUCAUCAUGGCCACAACAGAAACCAAACUGAUGACCACGAUCACCACCACACACAUGACCAUGCCACAGGCAGCGCCCACAGGCACGCUCAUGACCACUCCCACAACCACGGUCUGAACCACGAUCAUGUGCACACUCAUCACGACAAAGCACACAACCACAGCGGUGACUCCCCCAACCACCACCAUGACUACAAGCACACUGUAGGUGUGCACACCCAUGAACAUGACCACGAGCUGGCUCUGGACCACGACCACAAGCACGGUCACCUACAUGAACACGAGCACCACCACCAUCACCACGAGCAAGAACAUGAGAACACACCCCAGGAUGGUGCAAAGGGAACAGUGAUAGUCCUGCCUGCCUUGGACCAGCCUGUGACCUUGCCUUCCUUCCCUGAUGUCCCCGCCGGUGGGCCUGGAGUUGGAGUCACUCUCCCACUUAAGCCUGACCCUCAGAUUCCUGGACAGAUGGAGCCCACCAUCGAGCCCUUCCCAACCUCAGUCUCUGCCCUGUGCCCCACCAAAAAGGCAGGGGAUCAAGAUGUGGGGAUUCUCUUUGCUAAUGACCCCAUGUUCAAGCCGGCUGCAUAAUGUGGUGUAUGAAACUGUAAUAAACACAGUGUGCAAAACUCAUUUAAUC